AUGGCUGAUAAAGCUGCGAAGGUUUUAAAAUUUCAAACAUUCAAAAGGUCCAUUUUUGAUACCACAAUUGCCGCGGAACUGGCAGAAAAGAAGAUGAAAGAAUACUUUAAAACAACCAGCUCAUUUAGACCUGGCUUAAAGAUCGCUCGCAUUGAAGCACAUAAUGCACAAGUUCGUUUCUUCAAUGCAACUGGGCAGUAUGGAAUUAAAAUGAAAAUACUAGAAAUAUAUUUUGCUCAGGCAUAUGCUGAAACUUGUAACCAAGAAUUUUUUUUAGUGAAGGAUUUUUAUGAAGACUCUUUUACAGUUCCUUCACUUGGAAAAACGACAAGUCAGGAAGCCAAAGAAAUUUGUGGAUCAAGGCACCUUAAAAUACUUGAUGUAGAAGAAGUGCCUCACUACAAAAAACUACAAGAGUUUGUUCCCUCACCACAGCAUGGUGAAAAAUGCGGUGAAUUUAUUCUUUCAAAUUUCAAAGCUAAAAGUAAUAAUAGCUGUUUGAGUUUACCACCAAUUUUUUCCCAUGGUGACCUUUGGUCGUGCAAUGUUUUAUGGAGAAACAAAGUCGAAAUCAUAGAAAUUGCGGGUAUUAUCGACUGGCAGGUUAGCUGA